CAUCAUCAUCAUCAUCACCGGCAGCAGCGAAACAACGGAGGGCCCGACGGGCGUGAGAGGAGGGGGCGGAGGUGCGGCACCACCGCUGGCAUGGAUAACUUAUACCCGAAUCAUCAGAGCCCAAACGAGACGGUGCAGGGAGCAGCCGAGUGCAGCGAGCACGAGUUCGACGUCGGCUCGGACCUGAGCCUAUGGCAGGCCUGGCUGGUGAUCCUCGUGCUCGGGGUCCUCAUAAUCCUCACCAUCCUCGGCAACUUUCUCGUGAUAAUGAGCGUGUUCACGUACCGGCCGCUACGCAUCGUCCAAAACUUUUUCAUCGUUUCGUUGGCCGUGGCCGAUCUCGCGGUCGCCAUCCUCGUGAUGCCCCUCAACGUAGCCUACUUCGUCCUCGGCAAGUGGAUCUUCGGCAUUCACGUGUGCAAGCUGUGGCUCACCUGCGACGUGCUCUGCUGCACCGCGAGCAUCCUCAACCUGUGCGCCAUAGCCCUCGACCGCUUCUGGGCCAUCACCGAUCCGAUCAACUACGCCCAGAAGCGCACCCUGAAGCGCGUCCUGGGCACCAUAGCCGGGGUGUGGCUGCUCUCGGGGGCGAUAAGCUCGCCACCCCUGGCAGGCUGGAACGAUUGGCCGGAGGAGUUGGAGCCGGGCACGCCCUGCCAGUUGACGCGCCGCAAGGGCUACGUCGUCUACUCGGCACUGGGCUCGUUCUUCGUGCCCCUGAUCAUCAUGAGCAUCGUGUACGCGGAGAUAUACCUGGCGACGAGGCGUAGGUUGCGCGAGCGGGCCAAGCAGAGCCGGUUGGGGGCGAUGUCGACGACGGGGGCCAGGGCGGCCGGAGGUGGGGCGGGAGCGGACAAGGCCGAGCGACAUCGGUUGCAGGGGCACGAUGGUGCGGUUGGCCCGGGGGGGGAGGAGGGCCAGCUCGGGGGUCAGCCGAGCUGUUGCGAGCCCGACGACCUCGAGGAGUCGCUCAGCUCCGAGACGAACCACAACGAGUACACGAGUAGCAGCCGGUUGCAGCCUACCCCGACGAUCGCGAGGCACGCUGGUGGGGACGCUAUCGUGGCCAGCGAGCACCACCAACCGGCGACCCCGCCCAAGGCCUCGGGUGAGGGGGGAAAAAACGCAGGCACCGGCAGCAGCUCCGGCUCGGGGGGCCACACGCGCCGCGGCGGGCCCGGCACCCCCGGUACAACCUCGACCGUCUACCAGUUCAUCGAGGAGCGGCAGCGCAUAUCCCUGUCGAAGGAGCGCCGCGCCGCCCGCACCCUCGGGGUCAUCAUGGGCACGUUCGCCGUGUGCUGGGUGCCCUUCUUCCUCACCUACGUCGUCGUACCGUUCUGCAGCAGCUGCUGUCCCUCCGAGCAAUUCAUCUACUUCAUCACCUGGCUCGGGUACUUCAACAGCGCCCUCAACCCCCUCAUCUACACCAUAUUCAACAUCGACUACCGGAGGGCCUUCCGACGACUCCUACACCUCAACUGAACGACACCGGCUGAGUAUAACACUCAUACGCUCCCUUAAUCUCUCUCUCGCUUCCGUUGAUAAAUAUACCAAUCGAAAGGCCACCCCCUCGAUCGAGGGGUGCAUAGAUCGCAUCUCUCUCUCUCUUUGAUUCUCCAAAGGCGCGUACACGAGCGAGAGAUAAGAGCCGAAGGUCGACGCGUUAAUUCCAACGAAGGUUCUCGCCGGGGAGGACGAUUUAUCGUGCCCUGCAAGUUCUAGGCCACUCGGUACGAGGCGCAUUGGAUUUCCAGCACCGUGUAGGUAUACUCGUCACUGCCUCGGGGGGAGAGAGAGAGAGAGAGAGGGGGAACCUAAAGGGAAGCCGGUGAGAGAGGUGUUUGCCCACCGGCUGAGCUGUGCGCCGGCCUCACUACGAGGAUCUCUCUUCUUCUCUCCCGAUCGGGGAAGAAGAAAACAAACAAAACAAAAAAAAAAGACACGGUCGGGUGGUGGAUUACCCAUUGUUCUUUUUGUUCCUUCCUCAAGGCCGCGUCCCUCUGUUUUUGGGUUUGGAGUCCCGCUUUGUCGAAUCAAUCGCUUCCGAAUCUUCCGUACUUCCGAUCAAUGUGGGCUGAGAUCUUGAUAAAAAAAAAAAAAAAAAAAAAUUACAUCGAGAGAAAAAGAGAGAGAGAGAGAGAGCGGCGAUGCUUGUCGCGAGGGGAUGAAAGUGCAGAGAGACGCGUGUCUGUACUUAUCAAAAAAUACGUGUAUACAACGUAUGCACGCAGAGACCAAUGGAUAAAUAAAAAGGGCGCGUCCGAUGCUCCGAGGUACUUUAUCGCGCAAAGUGGCGCCUUCUCACCGAAUCGUGUGUUGUAGGUACAUAUACUUUGUACUUACCGAUUCCCGUGCGUAUAUUGUUGCGUAAUAUAUCGCACGCGGAGUGUAUAUACACACGACGGAGAAGGAAAAUAAUAAUAAGCGCGGCAAUAUACGACUCGACUUGUGAAUGCUGUGAGGCGAAAAUAAUAUUAAUAAUACUUCAUAGUGAUCGUUGAUUCGUACGCGUCACUUCGGGACACUUAACGGUUGUGAACAGCAUUUAAUAAUUGCUAUAUAACUAUAAAACGUAAUGCAAAACAAUAUUAUAACGUUAUGGCUUCUCAAACGAUGAAAUUUAUUUUUUUUUUUUUAUAGAAUUUAUGGGUUCGAGUAUACAUUAUGUAAUACACAAUGUGACGAUUUU